AUGCAACGACGACAACAACAACGACAACUACAACGGCAACUACAACAACAACAACGACGACAACAACGACGACAACUACAACAACAACGACAACAACAACGACAACAACAACGACAACUACAACGACAACAACUACAACAACAACAACUACAACGACAACUACAACAACAACGACAACUACAACGACAACUACAACGACAACUACAACGACAACUACAAAGACGACGACAACAACGACGACUACAACAACAACGACAACAACUACAACAACAAUUACAACGACGACCGGUAAAAAUAACUCACCAAAGUACUUCCGAGACAAUGCAGAAAACGAAUGUAAAAUCGUAA